AUGUCCAUUGUCCUACACAAUGGCCGGUUCUUCCAGUCGGAGGCUUCCGGGUCGCAGGAUGCCCAUUUCGCGGAUUGCCUCGUCGUCGACGAAGCGUCCGGCAAGAUCCAACACGUCGGAUCGGCCCAGGACGGAGCCGUGCUUGAGGCCCGGGCCGCCGGCGCCCGGCUGCACGACAUGGCCGGCCGCGUCGUCGUGCCGGGCUUCAUCGACAGCCACAUGCACUUGCUCCAGACGGGGGAGCUCCUCAGCCGGCCGAACCUGGACAGCUGCAAGACCCUGGACGAGAUCCGCCAGAUCAUCCGCGACUAUGCGCAGGCCAAUCCGGACCUGGCCCGCAUCAUCUGCCGGGGCUGGAUGCAGCCAUCGACAGAUGGCCUCGCCAAGGCCGGUGACUUGGACGACCUGGAUCCCCGUCCCAUCCACAUCUCCGCCGAGGACAUGCACUCGGCCUGGUGCAACACGGCCGCCAUCGAGGAACUGGGCGUGGCCGACUUGCCAGACCCGCCGGGCGGCGUGAUCCAUCGUGACGAGAGCGGCAGACCCACGGGCUUGUUGUCCGAGAGUGCCGCCCUCGGCAUAGUGUGGCCUUUCCUUACCAGAGCCUCGUCCGUCGACGAAAGAGUGCAGCGCAUGCAUGACGCCUUUGACGCUUACAUCUCGGCCGGCUACACGGGCCUAGUGGAGCUCGCGACCGACGACACAGCAUGGGACACCCUCCUGGCCUUCCGGUCCCGGCGGCCAGAGGGCACGUUGCCUAUCCCCUUGGCGAUCCACUGGCUGAUCCUCCCUCAAGCUUCCGAGGAGGAGACGAUGAAGCAGGUUGACCGCGCCAUCGAGCUGCACGGGCGCUUCAACGCCGUCGACACGCCCGACUGUCGCAUCACAGGCAUCAAAAUUGUAUGCGACGGCGUUGUGGACUCGUGCACGGCGGCUCUGCGAGAUCCGUACGCGCACAGCGGGCACGUUGAGGAGCCCGUCUGGUCGCUGGAGCAGCUCGCCCCCGUCCUCAAGAAGGCCGAUGGCGCAGGGCUGCAGUGCGCUCUGCACGCCAUUGGCGACGCCGCCAUCAAGCUGGCCCUCGACUCUCUCGAACAGGUUGGCAACCCGACCGGCCGGCACCGCAUCGAGCACCUUGAGACAUGCACCCCCGAAGACGCCCAGCGUCUCGGCCCGCUGGGCAUCAUCGCUUCCAUCCAGCCGGUGCACGGCGAUCCAGCCAUCCUGGACGAGUGGCCGAGGCUCCUUGGGCCCCAAAGGUGCAAGCACAUUUUCCCGUACGCCGCCUUGGCCAAGGCCGGGGCCGUCCUCGCCCUUGGGACAGACUCUCCCACCGCCUCAUUGAAGCCGCUGCCCAACCUGUAUGUGGCCACGACUCGGCGCUCGGCACGGGAGCCCGAGAGGGCGGAGCAAACGACUCCGCAAUUUGCACUAUCCCUGGUGACGGCCUUGGCUGCCGCAACCCGCGGAGCCGCCUAUAGCUGCUUCGCUGACCGUUGCACCGGCACCCUUGAAGUGGGCAAGGCGGCCAACUUGGCUGUGAUUUGCAUGGAGUGGGAUGCGCAGAAGCUCUUGGAAGCCAGAGUAGCUGAAACAUGGCUUGGCGGCCAAAGGAUAUACGUUGCAGAUACUGAAUCAUAA